AUGGUGUCCCCCGAGGGUUUGGUGGCCGCGGCUGCGGUGCUCGCCGGCCUGGGCCUCCUGGCCUGGCGCCUUUGGGCAGGGAGGCUGGAGGUGCCUGGAGACUCGGGAAAGGAGGAGGAGGAAGAGGAGGGGAUCCCCUUCAUCACUGAGGAUGGCUCAGGGCGCUGCCGGCUGCUGUGCAAGCCCUCGGCGCUGGCCCAGCACCUGGUGCGGAGCUUGGGGCGCUCGGCGGCGUUGCGGGGGGGCCGCUGGCCGUGGUCGCGCUGGCCCCGGCUCCAGAUGCUGCGACAGCUCCUGCAGCCGCCCGAGCCGGAGCCGGCGGUGGCCCGGGAGCUCCUGCAGCUGCCCGAUGCCGGGCUGGUGGCCCUGGACUGGCUGGUGGGGCCGUGGGGGGCCGCGGGGGGCUGCGGCGGGGGCCCCAGCCCGGUGCUGCUGCUCAUCCCCAACGCCGCUGGGAAGGUGACGGGGGAGCUGCUGCGGCUGGGGCUGCGGGCGCUGGAGCGGGGCUUCGUCCCCGUCAUCUUCAACCGUCGGGGCCACAACGGCUGUCCCCUCACCACCCCCCGACUCCAGCCCUUCGGGGACCCCGGGGACCUACGGGAGGCGGUGACCUACCUACGGUACCGGCACCCGGCUGCCCCGCUGCUGGCCGUCAGCGAGGGCUCGGGCUCGGGGCUACUGCUCGCCUACCUGGGGGAGAGCGGUUCCUCCAGCCGCCUGGCCGCCGCUGCCUGCAUCUCCCCAGUCUUCCGUGGCCGGGACUGGUUUGAGGCUGGGAUGCCCUUGCUCUACGAGUGGCCGCUGCUUCUGCACCUCAAGCGGGGACUCAGCAGGUACGUGGGGUCCCUGACCGAGGCGGUGGACGUGGACAGGCUGCUGGGCAGCCGCUCGCUGCGGGAGCUGGAGGAAGCCCUCUUCUGCCGGACCAAGAGCCGCCCCACCAGCUGGGAGGCUUACUGGGAACGCAACGAGCCCUUACGCGACGCCGACGAGGCGGCCGUGCCGGUGCUGUGCCUCUGCAGCGCCGACGACCCUGUCCGCGGACCCCCGGCCCGCAGCCUGCCCCUGGAGCUAUUCCGCAGCAGCCCCUACUUCUUCUUGCUGCUGACCCCACGCGGGGGACACUGCAGCUUCCCCCGGCGGGGAUCGGGACGCUGCUGGGGCCACGAGGCCGUGCUGGAAUACUUCAGGGCCAUGGCCGAGUUCCUGCGGGCAGAAGAACGGAGGAAGGGGCUGCCGCGAGCCCGCAGGUGGGGGGGUCCCGCCGUCGAGCCCCCCGCCUUCACCUGGCAGAGGUCCUACACCCGGUAG